GAAGUUUCAGUGACGGGGGCAUCACUGCAGCGCACUGAAGGAAAGGAAAGAACAGAGGGGAAAAGAAGGGAGAGAGGUGCGCCAUCCAUCCAUCUAUCCAUCCACUGAAUGUUCCCGCAGGACUUUAUUUACGUACGGCUGCAUGAGAGGCUUUGAGCUCUCGCGCUUUCUCUCUCCGGGACUGUUGGGUUACUGGUUCUGUCCUGAUAUCAAGCAGUUGUCAUAAUAAUAUAACCGAACUCUUCGCGUCAGGACGGACGCAGGUGGUCAUGGGUACACCUAUCAGAUGGAAAGUAAAGCGGAGGUUUAAGGAGGUGCGGCUCUCGGUAUUCCUAGUAUUCCUGAUGUUUGUCACCUCACGAGUCAGCGCAGCUGAGCCAGCCGAUCUCCUAAAGAUUUUAGAUUUUCACAGUUUGCCGGAGGGUGUAUCGAAAACUACAGGCUUCUGCACACACCGGAAGUCAUCGAAAGGGCCUGAUGUCGCCUACAGAGUCACAAAAGAUGCACAGCUUAGCACUCCAACUAAACAACUCUACCCCUCAUCCAUGUUUCCUGAGGAUUUCUCCAUCUUGGCGACGGUGAAGCCGAAGAAAGGCAGUCAGUCCUUCCUGCUGUCGGUGUAUAACGAACAGGGCAUCCAGCAGCUCGGUCUGGAGGUGGGACGCUCUCCUGUUUUCCUGUAUGAGGAUCACCUGGGCAAACCCGGCCCGGAGGACUACCCGCUCUUCAGAGGGGUCAACUUGGCGGACGGAAAGUGGCACCGUGUGGCGAUCAGCGUUCACAAACAGAGCAUCACUCUGGUUUUUGACUGUAAGAAAAAGGUGACACGGACGCUAUCCAGAAGCCCUCACCCCAUCAUCGACACCAAAGGCAUUGUGGUCUUCGGGACACGUAUCCUGGAUGAGGAGGUGUUUGAGGGUGACAUCCAGCAGCUGAUGAUUGUAUCGGACCACCGUGCUGCGUUUGACUACUGUGAGCACUACAGCCCUGACUGUGAGGUUCCUGCACCCGAACAGCACCAAAACCAGGACCCAAACACUGAUGACUCUAAAACAGAGGAUGAUAACUACUAUUACGAAUAUCCGUACUAUGAGGACAUGGAAUCAGAAACGACUGGAACUGAAACUGAAACUGAAGACCUAACGGUGUCUGUUCCGGAUAGCGGUCGUGUGGUUUCGUCAGUUAUCACUAGUGGAACAGGAGGCUCCAGCAGUUCUGCGAGUAGCUCCUCGUCAUCCUCCUCUUCAUCCUCUUCAUCAUCCAGCUCUACCACGAAUACUGGCGAGGAUCCGUAUGAUGGCUACGACGGAUACGAGACUGAAUACGAAACAACAUACUAUGACGAGACGACCUCACAGCCUGAUGGCUCCCGGACCAUCACCAUCACUAGCACAGGCACAGGUGCCGGCGGAGAAGUGGAUAUUGGACUGGGCGGUGAGGUGGAUAUUGGACUGGGAGACCUGGACAGGAGGAUCAUUACAUCAUCAUCAUCAUCAGGAGGAGGAGGAAGUGUAAGAGUACACACAACCACCACAGUCAUUCACAAUGGAACUUCUGGCUCCGGCACUGGCUCUAGCACCAGAACUAUUACUAGCUCCAGCUCCGGCUCCAGCUCCGGCUCCAGCUCCAGCUCCAGCUCCAGCUCCAGCUCCAGUUCCAGUUCUGGCGUUAGUACUGGCUCCAGCUCCAGCUCUACCUCGGUCGAUGGUGGUUAUGAUGAUAACCUGUAUGGUGAGACUUUCUAUGGAGAGGGAUAUGGAGAAGGAUACGGAGAGGGAGAGUAUAAUGUGGAAGGAGGCGGCGGCAGCACCAGCACUUCAGUGUCCGGAGGGGGCGGAUCUGUUUCUGUAGGAGGCGGAUCUGUUUCUGUAGGGGGCGGAUCUGUUUCUGUAGGAGGCGGAUCUGUUUCUGUUGGGGGCGGAUCUGUUUCUGUAGGGGGCGGAUCUGUUUCUGUAGGGGGCGGAUCUGUUUCGUCGAGUGGCUCAGUUGGGGGCGGAUCCAGCAGCGCUGGGGCUAGUGUGGGGGCGGGGUCUGUUGCCACAGGAGAUACAGACUCCAUCGAUAUCGACGACUUCAAGGAGUCCAUCACGGAUUACACCGAUGAAGACCUGGAGAAGAUUUAUGAUUAUGACAACCUGUACCCCGAUGGUGACAAAGCGCUGCCCGCCGAGACCGACGAGAUCUACGGACAGGUGGAUGGACUGAGAGGAGAGAAAGGGCAAAAAGGAGAGCCUGCGAUCAUUGAACCCGGAAUGCUGGUUGAAGGCCCACCUGGUCCAGAGGGUCCCACUGGUCUCCCCGGUCCUCCAGGUUCAUCGGGAUCCCCAGGUAGCCCCGGAGAUUCCGGUGAGAGGGGUCCUCCUGGUCGCCCUGGUCUGCCUGGAGCUGAUGGUCUUCCAGGACCUCCAGGGACUGUCCUGAUGUUGCCUUUCCGCAUGAGUUCAGGAGGGGACAGCGGACACAAAGGUCCUGCAGUUUCUGCCCAAGAGGCUCAGAUGCAAGCCAUCAUGCAGCAGGCCAGGCUGGCGAUGAGGGGUCCUACCGGACCGAUGGGUUUGACAGGCCGUCCUGGUCCUCUGGGGCCUCCUGGUGUGCCUGGACUGAAAGGAGAGUCUGGAGAAUCAGGACCUCAGGGUCCUCGUGGUCCACUGGGAUCCCAUGGCCCUCCUGGAAAGCCUGGUAGAAGGGGUCGACCCGGCUCAGAUGGAGCCAGAGGGAUGCCCGGACAGACGGGAACAAAGGGUGACCGAGGAUUCGAUGGGCUCGCUGGUUUACCUGGAGAAAAGGGUCACAGGGGUGAGACGGGUCCUCAGGGGCCUCCUGGCCCUCCAGGAGAGGAUGGAGAAAGAGGUGAUGAUGGUGAGGUCGGACCCAGAGGUCUGCCCGGAGAAUCGGGUCCUCGUGGUUUGUUGGGCCCCAAAGGUCCCCAAGGGCCUCCAGGACCUCCCGGUGUGACUGGUAUGGACGGACAUCCUGGACCUAAAGGAAACAUUGGUCCUCAGGGUGAGCCAGGACCUCCGGGUCAACAAGGCAACCCCGGAGCUCAGGGACUUCCAGGUCCUCAGGGAGCGAUCGGACCUCCAGGAGAGAAGGGUCCCACUGGAAAACCAGGCUUAUCAGGAGUGCCAGGAGCCGACGGACCUCCGGGCCACCCAGGAAAAGAAGGACCAUCUGGAGAGAAAGGAAACUUGGGACCUCCUGGUCCUCAGGGGCCCAUCGGAUAUCCUGGCCCUCGAGGUGUAAAGGGUGCUGACGGAGUCCGUGGGCUGAAAGGAAACAAGGGUGAAAAGGGAGAAGACGGAUUUCCGGGGUUUAAGGGAGAUAUGGGCAUCAAAGGCGACAGGGGAGAACUUGGUGCCGCCGGACCCAGAGGUGAAGACGGGCCUGAGGGACCCAAAGGAAGAUCUGGUUUACCUGGAGACGCUGGACAGAUCGGCCCGACCGGAGAGAAGGGUAAGCUUGGUGUACCCGGGUUGCCCGGUUAUCCAGGAAGACAAGGCCCCAAGGGUUCUCAAGGGUUCCAGGGAUUCCAAGGAGCCAGUGGAGAGAAAGGCACGAGGGGGACAGCAGGGAAGCCGGGACCCCGAGGACAGAGAGGACCUACGGGACCCCGUGGUGAACGAGGGCCGAGGGGACCCACUGGGAAAGCAGGACCAAAGGGCAACUCAGGAAGCGACGGCCCCCCAGGACCACCCGGUGAACGGGGUCCGUUAGGUGCAGCGGGACCUACUGGAUUUCCUGGCCCUAAGGGUCCACCGGGUCCUGCCGGAAAGGACGGGCUGCCCGGACACCCUGGCCAGAGAGGAGAGACUGGUUUCCAAGGAAAAACCGGACCUCCCGGACCCCCAGGUGUAGUCGGACCUCAGGGACCAACAGGUGAGACAGGACCAAUGGGAGAGCGGGGCCACCCUGGACCCCCAGGACCACCCGGUGAACAGGGUCUACCCGGAGCUGCUGGGAAAGAGGGAGCAAAGGGAGAUCCAGGUCCUGCAGGACCCACAGGUAAAGAUGGACCUCCAGGACUCAGAGGGUUCCCAGGCGAGAGGGGCUUACCAGGACCUGUGGGAUCAGCAGGUUUGAAAGGGAAUGAAGGACCUCCAGGGCCACCUGGACCCGCUGGCUCUCCUGGUGAGCGUGGUGCUGCUGGCCCAGCUGGACCUACUGGCCUCCCGGGUCGACCCGGACCUCAAGGACCCCCGGGCCCCGCUGGAGAGAAAGGUGGACCUGGCGAGAAAGGACCUCAAGGCCCAGCCGGUAGAGAUGGUAUUCAGGGACCUGUGGGACUUCCAGGCCCGGCCGGACCCAUCGGAUCCCCGGGAGAGGAUGGUGAUAAGGGUGAGCUUGGAGAGCCGGGACAGAAGGGAAGCAAAGGUGACAAGGGCGAGCAGGGUCCUCCAGGUCCCGUCGGUAGCCAAGGUCCUCCGGGUCAGCCGGGUCCAGCUGGUGCUGAUGGAGAGCCAGGUCCCAGAGGUCAGCAGGGUCUGUUUGGACAGAAGGGAGAUGAGGGCGCACGAGGCUUCCCAGGACCACCCGGACCCGUCGGCCUUCAGGGUUUGCCUGGACCCCCCGGUGAGAAGGGAGAGACCGGUGACGUCGGUCAGAUGGGUCCACCAGGCCCUCCUGGCCCCAGAGGCCCCUCCGGACCCCCAGGAGCCGAUGGACCACAGGGACCUCCAGGAGGAAUUGGCAACCCAGGAGCCGUGGGAGAAAAGGGAGACGCCGGUGAACCAGGAGAACCAGGUCUGCAAGGAGACGUCGGCCCUUCAGGUCCAAGGGGAGAGCGAGGUGAAAAGGGAGAAGCCGGACCCGCUGGUUCUGCUGGUCCCCCUGGACCAAAAGGACCACCAGGAGACGAUGGUCCUAAAGGAAGUCCUGGUCCAAGUGGUUUCCCUGGUGAUCCUGGUCCUCCUGGAGAGCCUGGUCCACAUGGUUUGGAUGGUGCUUCUGGAGAUAAGGGUGAUGAUGGAGAGCCUGGUCAGCCGGGAUCCCCUGGACCUACUGGUGAAACUGGCCCCACUGGUCCUCCAGGAAAGAGAGGACCUCCUGGACCUGCUGGACCUGAAGGAAGACAGGGGGAGAAGGGUGCUAAGGGGGAAUCUGGUCUCCUGGGUCCACCUGGUAAGACAGGUCCAGUUGGUCCUCAGGGAAGCCCUGGAAAACCUGGGUCUGAGGGUCUGAGAGGGAUGCCUGGACCAGUGGGAGAACAAGGACUGCCCGGUGCCACUGGACCCGAUGGACCUCCUGGACCGAUGGGUCCUCCUGGACUGCCUGGACUGAAGGGAGAAACUGGGAUUAAAGGUGAAAAGGGUCAUCCCGGUCUCAUUGGACUCAUCGGACCUCCAGGAGAACAGGGAGAGAAGGGAGACAGAGGGCUGCCGGGUCCACAGGGAACUGCAGGACUUAAAGGAGACACUGGUAUUUCAGGACCCGCUGGACCUAUCGGACCCAUUGGACCUCCUGGUCUCCCGGGUCCUCCUGGUCCUAAAGGUGCUAAAGGAUCAUCUGGUCAGACUGGGCCAAAGGGAGAAGCUGGACAGCCGGGAGCUCCUGGACCUCCAGGUCCACCUGGUGAUGUCAUCCACCCUCUGCCUAUGCAUUCCAGCCCCAAACGGGCAAAGAGGAACAUUGAUGCCAGCCAGAUGAUGGAUGACGCUGCAGACGCCAACUACAAAGACUAUGAGGACGGCAUGGAGGAGAUCUUCGGCUCUCUGAACUCUCUCAAACUGGAGAUUGAACAGAUGAAAAACCCACUGGGCACACAGAGUAACCCCGCGCGCACCUGCAAAGACCUGCAGCUGUGCCACCCAGACUUCCCAGAUGGUGAAUACUGGAUUGAUCCGAACCAGGGCUGCUCCAGAGACUCUUUCAAAGUGUACUGUAACUUCACAGCAGGUGGAGAGAGCUGCAUCUUCCCUGAUAAAAAGAGCGAAGGGGCCAGACUCACCUCUUGGGUGAAGGAGACUCCAGGGUCGUGGUUCAGUGAAUACAAACGUGGUAAACUGCUCUCAUACGCGGAUGCAGAGGGCAAUCCGAUCGGAGUGGUCCAGAUGACCUUCCUGCGUUUACUCAGCGCCACGGCUCGGCAGAACCUGACUUACAACUGUUACCAGUCGGUGGUUUGGCACGACCAGGAACUGGACUCUUACGAUAAAGCCGUCCGCUUCCUGGGCUCCAAUGAUGAGGAGAUGUCUUACGAUAACAACCCGUACAUCAGAGCGGCCGUCGACGGAUGCGCGUUGAAAAAGGGCUAUGAAAAGACUAUUCUUGAGAUCAACACACCAAAAGUGGAGCAGGUACCAUUUGUUGACAUCAUGUUCAACGAUUUCGGCGGAGCGGCGCAGAAGUUCGGCUUUGAGGUCGGACCGGCCUGCUUCAUCGGCUAAGACUGCUCAGCGAGCACACGCGAACAAAACAUAUUCAUUUUCUCCGAAAACAAAACACAAGAAAGAAAUAGGACGACUUAUUUGUAAAGUUCUGUGUUUCCAAACAAACCCAACAGAUACCAAAGUAAGGAUAAAAGAAUUUUGAAGAAUGGAUGUCUAAGCGAUGGGUUCUUAUAACAGAGCAACCUUUUUAACCUCAGUGUACCCUCUGCAUCACAUGCAAGUUUUGAAACUGGAUGAGGUCAUCACUCAUGUCUCUCCAAGCCCCACCCACUUUACACUCAUCCGACUCUUCAUCCCUCUCACAGGCUGUAUAGACAGAUUAGAUCCAUCCUUUCAUUUCCCGCCUUUUCAUGGACUCGUAGCUCUAUGCACGUCCGGUUCGGCAUUUCUCGUACGAGAAAUCUUUUCCGUUGGUUUGUUUACUUGGGUUUUAUGUUGUUUUCCCACUUCUAAGCAUUGUUUUUUUGUGCAGACUUGUCUUCCAUUGCCUGGAAUGGUGAUUAUAUAUAUAAAUAUAUAUAAAUAUUUUUUUUCUAUGUUUGUAAGUACUUUCUGUAUAUUUUUUUCCAGUGAAGUGAUUAUUAUUUUUCUUGGUUCUGGCUUCAAAACAUGCAUGUGAACCCAUUGAGCAAUAAGGACAGAGCUGCUGGUUAUUGGAAAACACUUAUUAAAUUAAAUAAAAUAAAAUACAAUAACCCCCCAAAUAAGAGCCUGAGGAAAUUUCCAGUCAAUCUGAAGAAGAGAAAAAUAAAGGAAAUUAUAAAAAUGAGACAAAAAAGCAACUAAAUGUCUUAUUCUUUUUGUAAUUUAACGAAUAAAAUGAGAAUAAAAGUAAGAAACGGCCGUAAUGUGAGCAUUAAUUUGCUACCUGUCGUGUUGAAGUGGCUUCCACAGGUCUGUGAGAUCGCGACCUGUGUGCAUGAAGGGAAUCUUUGAUCUGACGUUCAUGAAUCGGUGCUUCCCUGUAUCAGAAGAGCACACAUCACACUGAGGAAACACAAUAUCGGUAAACUAGGUGCUAUUUCCUUCUGUCUGUGGUGCUAAAAAUAUAUACCUUUUUUCCUGUACUUGUUUGUUGUAAUUGAAAAUGGCUCUGCGGUGAUGCCCAAGCGGUUCCACGUCUUCUGUCAAAGUCCUAGCUUUGCUUCACGAGGUGGCGAAGUAUUUUUAUGCAUGCCGUAAAACCAUAUUCAUUUAUAGAUAUCAUUCCUCACCACGUUUGGCAAUGUCCAGAUUAUUAGGAUUACAUGGAGAUAAUUGAUGAACUUUUAUGAUCUUCCAAAGGCUUUAGCUCACACUUUACAUUCCAGUGUAUAUUUACAUGAUCUAAAAUGGUUAAACAGAGCACAAUUGCUGUUAAUGCUGUUGUGAUUAACGCGGACCAUGUAAUGUAAAGUGUUACUCUAGUUAACAGAAGCAAGAUCUGUUGCGUUGGAAAUGAAACGCCUUUUCACGUACUAAAACGGCGCCGGAGAAUUAGUCUUGGGACCUUUCCAUUAGAUCUUUUUACAGGGUUCUGUGAAUAUUUUAACCAAAACGCUUAGAGGAAUGAAUAGUUAACUUGACUGUCGAUUUCAGCUUUCCUUCCAAAGAGAUUUCUCUUGAUUUAAGAGACUUGAAGACCAAGAAUCAGAUCGUCUUGUGUGAUUAUUCAAGUACGUUGUACAUUGACUAGAGCCAUCUUUUUAUUCAUCUAUCAUCUUUUGCCACUAGACCUUUUCCUGCACUCGUCCACUAGUCCUGCUACUGCAAAAUCUCGCUCUAAUUUUUUAUUAAAUAUGACUUGAACUGUUUCUUUUGAGAGGAUUCAACAUGGAAUAUGCAGUUUUGACACAACUUUAUGAGUACGAAACGAAUUCAACCGAUUCUUCUGUAAAUUUCCAAACCAGCAGUAAUGCUGCCAAUAAAGUUUAUUCUGUUUUUUUUUUGUUUUUGUGAUGUUUGUUUUUGCGGUCGUGUCAAACUUGUAUACGAGGAGAUGGAAGAGAGAUUGGUUUUGUCAAUAAAUUCAGGUUUACUGUGUCCACUCACCCUUGUAUGUCUUUUGAAGCAUUAAAACUUUCCUGUAUGCAUGAAAUUGUUAAGCUUUCUCUUGAUGUUUCUUCCCACAGCCACAUUUUUUUUUAUCAGCCGUAUGAUACAUCCUCUCAGUGCUCCGAUGAAAACAGGCCUGUCCUUCAUUGUGAAAUGGAGAGAGAGCGAUGUUUGUUGUAACUCUCUACCAAAGCCCAUGUUCUAUGUAGUAUAUUUAUUGUAUUAUUUAAAAAAAUAAUAAAUGUUAAUUGAUACCA